CACUUCUAUUUGGCCGGCAUGUUCGAUGUGCACGAGAUCGACCCCAACCCAUACAAAUGUGGAGCACUCCGAGAAAAGGGCAUACAAAACAUGCAGGCAUUUUUCUGGGCGCUGAAGACAUUUCGUCAGCGAUACAAUGAGACGAAAUUAUUCGAAGGUGUGGAUGUUGGGGGGCUGGCGUUUGACUUUUGUACGCGGCCCCACCAGGCUGUUCAGUACCUAUUCAAUUUGGAACGCUGUGAUUUGGCAUAUGGUGCUGAUCCACCAGUGAAGCCUUCCAAUAUCUUAGCUUAUAUUGGACCAGCACGAAGUAGCCAGGCUUUGGAAGCCGGCAGAAUAUUAGGUCAUAUGAAAAAGACUGUUAUAAGUCAUUCUGCAAACAGCCCCACAUUAAGCGACACAAAUGUGUUUAAAACGUUUCUCCGCACGCAGCCAUCAGACAGUGAGCAAUCCCAAGUUCUUAUCGAGAUUAUCAAGGCGCAGUCAAACUGGGACGCUGUGCAAGUAGUGUACCGGGCAGACGAAGAUGGAACCGCGGGAAAAGAAAAUUUUAAAAAGAUGGCCGUCGAAAAUGGUCUGUGCGUUGCGCAGGAGAUUAAAUUACCACUCGUUGUAAACAAUGCAGUUAUGGACGGCGUUGUUGACAAACUAAGUGCGUUUCCAAACACCAAAGGAGUCAUCAUCUUUGGAACUCACGUGGAGGCUAGAAAUGUGUUACAAGCAAUAAAAAGGAGAGGUGCGGAAAGGGAAUUUACAUUUAUGUCCACUACGUCAUGGGGUACACUCAUGCAAGUAGUCAAGGGCGUAGAGCAGGCAGCUGACGGGGCCGUAACAUUAUCGUUAGUGCCCGGUAACAUGGAUUCCUUCAAUGCGUUUCGUGACUACUACCGCGCUCUCAGACCAACAACAAACCUCACAACUCAAAACCCAAUUUUUGCGUCAUUCUGGGAGGAAAAAUUUGCCUGCGAUCUGCCAGGCUCCACGAACAGGGGGGUUCCUUGUGAGCCUAACACCAAUAAUUUGGAUACUUCUGAGAUUGAUUUAUCCACUGCGUACGUUAUUCAAGCAGUUGACGUCGCUCUCCAUGGUAUAGAGAAUGCCCGGAGUGCCAUGUGUCCAAACGUCAACCAAAUUUGCACCGAGUUCUCAAACAGUGACGCCCAGUUAGACAAAAUUUAUGCAGAAAUCCUUAAAAUUUCACUCCCUGGGGUUUCUUUCCAGGGGAACGGAGACGCAGCAGUUGUGAAUUUUGCCAUUAACACGUUUAGUGCAAAUCGCAACCAGUAUGAAUUGAUAGAAACAUAUGUGAAAGGAACACCAUUGUCCCAGCCUCCAAAUAUGGGCAGUUCUACUUGUCCAACUUGUCAAGUGUGUGAAGCCGUUACUUCUCCCAUCACUACCACCACCAUCUCUGCAGAGCAAACUUCAAGUGCUACCACCGCGUCUACUACGUCCACUACGUUGCGGACAACUAAUGGUGGUAACGGCGGACAGACUCAACCAACCGCCGCCCCACAGCAGCAAAAGGCCCCGUCAGGAAUACGGAAACAAGACUCUUGGGUUAUCGCAAUUCUUGUGCUGUCAAGUCUUGGUAUUCUCCUGAUCAUUGUAUUUGAGGUCUACAUUAUUGUAAAGGUGUCUGGUACCCCAUUCUCAAAGUGGAAAGUGUUGUGGCUGGGGCAGCUCCUUUUGUUUGGUAUAUUUCUCAGCUAUCUGGUUCUUUUCGCCUACGUACCGUAUCAGACCACGGCAACGUGUGGUAUCAUUCGAUUUGGUAUUGGAUUUUGCUACGCCUUUAUGUUUGGUGUGCUGAUUGUGAAGCUUAUGAAUAUUUUCCAAUCAAAGAAGACUGGUUAUCUUCAUGGCGUGUUCCAAAUACUGCUUUUCCUAUUCAUUCUCCUUGUCCAGGUUGGAAUUGACUCGACGUGGUUAAUAGUAGAACCUGCCCAAGGAGUUUGGGUCACGGGACAAACAUGGUAUUGCAGACAUUUACAUUUUAGUAGCCACGUCUUAUCGCUUGUCUACGUCAUGUUCCUGAUUCUCCUCUGUAUAAUUCUGGCUGUAAGAUCCUACAGAGUUAAAUCAAAUCACAGAGAGAAUAUCCUAAUUGGAAUCGCAGCUGGUGCCACUGCUGCCUUAUGGAUUGCAUGGGCAUUGAUCGGUCACCUUUCUCCACAUUCACGGGAAGACUUUUCCGAUUACUGGGACCCCGCAACUGCGUUUGGACUUUGGUGCACAGCGACGUUAAUCCUCCUUGUCAUGUUCUUGCCGAAAGUAAAACGUUUAAAAAGUAUGACCAUUGACAAAUUCCUUAAGGCAGAAGACGAGUGGGAUCGUGGUAGUGUAAUGACAGGCAGCGUGUAUAAAGCACCAGGUUCUGUGGUGUAUGUUAACAAUGGGGCAUACGCUGGAGGAGUCAAUGGUACACUCCCUUCCAAACAACCGCCACACGAUAACGGCCUGUACACGGACGUUCCCACCCUGUCAAGAUCUGUGCACAGCGUCAAUGAUCCACAUGGCUUAGUUCUGCGACAUCCAGGGUCCGUUUACGAGAGUAACACCAUGAGAAGUGCGCCACCAAAUGUCAUAUAUGGUACACCGGGUACAUUAAAGUCACAGAGAGGCGGAGGUGGCUCCGUCUACAGUUAUGGUAGACCAUACAGACCAGGUACACCAGUAGACUACGCUGCAAGAAGCCAUACUUUGGAUGCUAGAAGUAAACCAUCAUCUGAAUACGCCUACCCUACGUCAACGAACAAGGCCAAGCACAAUAUGAAAAAGGCCAAAUCGUAUCAAGACCUGGGUCCACUGUAGUGAAGUUUCGAAAUGCCGGAAACGGAUGUUACAAUUAGAAUAUUUAAUCAUAAACAAGUGCCAUACCUAGAUCUGACAGUAUUCCUCAUGUUUUAUUUUAAAUUAAGAAAAUAUAAGAGAGGCUCCGAAAGAAAGAUUACGUUAAGAACUUUUCCAAAGGAAUGUGGCAGUCACGUUUUACCACCGCUCAGAAAUUG